UCCCGCUCCACGGCUGGGGGAGGGCGGACGGUGCUCUCGGCAGCUGAGCAGAGCAGGGGUGUCCCCUGCGAGACCACGGCAGUCCGGGACCCCCAGGGCAUAAGCUCUCUCAGCGCGCGGGACCCCGGCGACCGCGCACGCCGCCCCCGCUGGCCCGCGCCACGCUCCGCCCUGGACGCCGCUCGUCCCGGAGCGGGGGUGCGCGGGGGGUGGGAGCGGACCAGCUCAGCCUGAUUUACGGCUCUGCUGAAAACCGCUUCGCACCCGCAGCAGUAGAAGCGUCGCGGCGGCAGCGGCAGCAGCAGCUGCAGGGGCAGCAACAAGUCGGGACUUUGAGAGUAAUGCAACAGAAGGCUUUUGAGGAAAGCAGAUACCCCUGGCAGGAGUCCUUUGAGAAUGUCGCUGUGUGCCUGCCAUUCCGCUGCCCGAGGUGUGGGGACCAUACCAGAUUUAGAAGCCUGUCCUCAUUGAGGGCCCAUCUGGAAUUCAGUCACAGCUACCAGGAAAGAACCCUCUUGACAAAAUGCAGCCUCUUUCCGUCCCUCAAAGACACAGACCUAGUCAGUUCCUCAGAACCCCUGAAACAGGGAAAAUUGCAGAGCUGUGGCAACAUAGUGAAGCAGAAACCGAGCUAUGUUAACUUGUGUAGCAUUUCGCAUGAACACGGCAAGGACAGGAAGCCAUUUGAGGUGGUGGCAGAGAGGCCUAUGUCCUAUGUGCAGACCUACACUACGGUAGACCUACGUGCAGACUCGCUGGAUGGCCCGAGGUCGAGUCCUGGCCUUCCCACCUCAGACACCAAAGCAGCUUUCGAGGCACAUGUCAGAGAAAAAUUCAAUCGGAUGGUCGAGGCUGUGGACAGGACCAUUGAGAAGAGAAUCGAUAAACUCACCAAAGAGCUGGCCCAGAAAACGGCUGAACUGUUGGAAGUUCGGGCAGCUUUUGUGCAGCUGACUCAGAAAAAGCAGGAAGUGCAGAGACGAGAGCGGGCCCUGAAUAGACAGGUGGAUGUGGCCGUGGAGAUGAUCGCAGCGCUGAGGCAACGCCUGAUGGAAUCCGAAGAGGAGCUUCUCAGGAAAGAAGAAGAAGUGGUUACAUUCAACCAUUUCCUGGAAGCAGCCGCUGAGAAGGAGGUUCAAGGGAAAGCUCGGCUCCAGGACUUUAUUGAGAACCUGCUGCACCGGGUAGAACUGGCGGAAAAGCAGUUGGAGUACUAUCACAGCCAGCAGGCCGCUGGCCUCUGCCGGGACACCAGUGAGCACGUGGUGGGUGUCUGUGGUCUCCUGAGAAGGAACGUUUAUUCCCCUCCUCGAUUCCCCUGUCACCUCCUUGGGAAAUGCAAGAGUGCAGUCUCGGCUGGAGGGACACUCUGAGCCCUUUCCUGCCUCCUUCUUCCACCUUGCCAUCUCUCAGGGGAGGGUUGUGGCAUGAGGUCACCGAGCCCAGAUGUGAGGUGAGAGGGCCUGGCUUCUAGAUCAUUCCCACCCUGCUUCUGACUGGAUGAGACAGUUUGUCUUCCUGGGCCUAUCAUUCUUCUAUAAAAUGAAGCAGUUGGACUAGAUGCUGUAUAAGGGCUUUUGGCCUCUUAAAUUCUGUGAUCAUCACCUGACUUUGGUGAUUAGGAAUUCUAAAAUUAAAAUGUAGCCAUGAUAUUUUCAGUAUUUAGUCUUAUUAGUAACCCAGAACUAAGAAAUGUAUAAAUUAUUAGUAACCCAGAGCUAAGAAGGUCUCAGAGAAAAUGGAAGGCAAUGAGAAAGAAAGGAAGCCCAUUAGUUCUCGCCUUUAUUUAUAUUUCUGUGCUCACUUCUUCUGCUGACUUUACUUUUCCAGCUUGGAAACUGAACACCUUUUAAAAGACAUGGCCAGUCCUUACUUCUCAUCCUGCUGUAUCAUGUAAUCAAAAGUUGAACAGCAUCUCAGCUCUUCUAGUCAGAUGUAUAGAUAUAAAAUUAUGUGUGUGUAUGUGUACACAUAACAUAUAUAUACACACACGCACACAUAAGUAUGUGUAUAUACAUACACACACACAUAUACAUGUACAUACAAAUACGGUAGGACAUUUAAUUAAUAAAUAUUUGUUUCUGUUCUCUAUGUCCCAAAACCUGACAUCAUCUGCCUUCUUCAGAUUUGAUCUACAUAAGGAAGAGUUGACUAAUUCAGAUCAAAUAAAGUGCAGUUAAGAUUGUAGCAGGGAAUUUAGAAGUGAGAGCUGUCUGUGAGUAGGGCAUGAUCAGGCUGUAGUGAGGUCAGCUGACUUUUGGAGGGAGAACACAUUGCCCUGAGAAGACCAAGAAUGAGAUGUUUGAUUUCUGAAAGUAUGGGCAGAUGUGGUUUCCCCUGUUUUCAUGUAUAGUCCUCUAAACUCUACUUUGGACCAUAGCGUACCACGUUAUGAGACAGUCUACAAACCCUAAGACCAUUUUACCUUUUUACUUAGUCUGUUUCAUCAUAAUAAAAUACAUUCACCACGUCUUUGAUGUAAUUAAACUACUCAGUCUGGCCUCUCUGGUAUCUGUGGCUAUGGAUACAUGGAAGAACUUGGAUUCUUUUAGCAGGAAAACCUUUGAAUCGUAUCUUUAGUAACCAGUUUGACCCAGCUGAAUGAAGGUGCAGGGCACCAAGAAGCCUAGGCUUCUGGAGCCUCAGCCCCGCCCAGGAGAGCUCCUUGCCACAGUGCACCCCAGGAUGGAGUAGAACUUUCUGACUGACUCCCCCCACCUCCGCUCCCUCCUCCAGAACAGUGGGGAAUGCUGUCAGGAGCCUGGCUGGCUCUUGCCAUCUCCAACAAGGCUGCUGUACAGAAACAGUGCGGCCUUGUCAUCUCCCUUCUUUUCCAGCCCCCAGUUCCCUCCCUCUCUCCUCUUCCCUCUUUUUCUCAUUACCACCUCCAGAGAGUAGUGACAUUUCUAGAUUGACGUGUUAAAUUGCUUCUUUCUAAGAUGUCUUCUAGCUUUAAGAUUCUUUUGUGCUCUAGAAGAAUUUCCUUCCCCCUCAUGUUUAGUGCCUUUUCUGAAAUAAUGUUUCAGCAUAUGUAUCUUUCCCUUAAUCCUCUUGAGCAUUUAUGUUCUUUUUCACCUGGCUGAUUUCUAAAAAUGUAAUAUGCUUACUCAGGUAAUUUGUCUGUAUGCUCAGAAACAUGCUGUCGAAUUAGACACAAAGUGACCUAAUAUCUCAUCUGCCAAAAUCACUCACAGAACUGCUCAAAUGGAAGGUCAUGAAAUAGCUUGGAUAAUCUUAUUUUAAGCAUUGCAUUUAUUUCCUGCAGGUUGCUAAAUUAGGACUAGCAGUAAUUCAUUUAACAUAUUUACUGGGGAUGCAGUGCUUACUGGGUGCUGAGGAAACUGCUGUGAACGAGAUCGAUGAGGUCCCUGGUCUCAGGAAGGAGGGGCACACAAUAAGCAAACAGAUAAUGAAGAUAAUUUCGUAUAGUGAAGAUCCUACUAUAAAGAAAAAAGUAAGAUGAUAUGUUUGAGAUGGCCACUUUAGCUUUAGCAAAAAGCUUUCAAAAAAAGCCUUGCUGAAGAGGCAACAUUUGCACUGUGACCUGAAUAACAAGGACGCAGCUCUGUGAGAAUUUGGAAGUGGAAUAUUCUAGGCAAAGGAAUAGGAAAUGCAGCUGCCUCAGGAGGGAACAAGCUUGGCAUGUUUGAGUGGUGGGUGAUAAGUCAGAGAGGUAGGAAGGAUCCAGAUCAGGCAGGGGCUUCUUGGUCAUAUAAGGAGUUUGCAUAUGUUCCACUGCACACGGGGAAGCCAUUGGAAGGUUUUAAGUAGGAGGUGAUCUGUGUUUUAGCAAAAUCACUCUGCUGCUCUGUGGGGAAUUGACUGGAGGGGUGCAAAAAUGAGCGACAAGUUAGAAAGCUCUUCUCUUGUGGCAGAUGAGGGGGGAUGGCAGCUUGGGUAGAACCGAGUUGAGAGAGGUGAAGGGUAUCGGAUAUGUUCUUGGAGGAAAAUUGACAAGACCAGCUGGCCUUGCUGAAGGAUUAGAUUUAGCUGGCGAGGGAAAGUGAGCAGUCAAAAAUGAGUCCAAGGUUUUGGCCUCAAAAAUUGAGUAUAUACAGAGGGGAAGUUGGAGGAGGGCUAGGUGUCCAGUUUCCCAAAACCUAUCAUAACCUGAGACACCAUAUUUGUCUUUUAAGUACUUAAAUUGGCUCUCAGUGCAAGGUUAUUUAUAUUUUUUCAACCUGAAACCUUGACCAAGGACUCUCUUGAUCCCCAUCUUCAUACCCUCCUCUCCCUAAAUAAAAAGAAGACAAAGUAGCUGGACCAGGAGAAAAUGGAGGUAGGUAGUUGGGCUGUAGAGGCCUCUUGUGUUCACAGGGAGGAGAGCACAUGAAAUUCUUUGGUGCCUGUGAUAUCGGCCCCACCUCCACCCCAAGACUCAUAAUCUAGCAGAUCACUGUUGGCCUUUUCCCUGUGAGAGAAGCACACACACACACACACAACUUUUGCAUAAAAUUCCAAAGGGAAUUAUGUACCCAUAUGCAAUACAUCAUCACACUAUAUGCUUGCAUACAUACAUAAAGUUGAACAUAUUUUGUCAUGCCUGAAUAAUAAUAAUUUUUUUUAAGUGGGAAAGUAUUUAAAAGGAAGGAAAACCCUGUAAGUUUUUAGAGUUUAUAUACACACUAAAACCCAUUCAAGGAGCCCAGCUGAUGGGGAGCGGGGGCAGGCGGACUGGGAGAAAGAGGGUAGAAAUGCUGAUGCCUUUGGGGUUCCCGGAAACUACCAGUCUGGUGUUUGCCGGAGCCAUCUGUUCCCCCUUCUUUGUAUAUUGCAAGACCUCAUGACCCUCACGCAGGGAAUGUGCCUUUUUCUGUUCACGUUUACUACUCUCAUGCCAAACCCAGCCAGCGUGGACAGGGUCAGCAAUAAUGCGGACUUUCAGUUGUGUCCCAAGGCAGAAGGCAGGAGUCCCAUCUUAC